AUGGGGAACAUGGAUGGAAAGUCUGUUGAGGAACUGAGCGCCACCGAGUGCCACCAGUGGUACAAGAAGUUCAUGACGGAGUGUCCCUCCGGUCAGCUGACCUUGCAUGAGUUCAAGCAGUUUUUUGGCUUGAAAAACCUGACUCCAGCAUCAAAUGAAUACAUCGAGCAGAUGUUUGAAACAUUCGACUUUAAUAAGGUGGGUAUUCAGCUGCAGUCAGACAACAUUCUGUUUACAUAUGUAAUGCCCAUACAUAUAAGAACAUGUGGUUCUUAUCUAAAAUACUAUGAAAUAACAUCUAAUCCUCACAGUGUUGAUCUUUGCCGUUUUUACUUUGUUUGAUAUAGAACAGUAAUUUCUGUCUGUCUGUUAUGAUAUUGCACACUUUCUAUUUUUUUGAAUGGAAUGUGCCUUUCUCAGUUUUGAAUUGCUGCUUGUGAACGUGCUAUAUGUGUUGGAUCUUUUUCAGAAGUAGUCUGGUUAUUAUGGCUAGUUUAAUCAUUUACCUUUACUGCUGGGUUAGAUGGAAAUUUCAAAGCCUGCCGUUUUCAAAGUCCUGCACCCAGAACCCCGUCACAUGAGCAUUUCUGAAGAUUUGUAACAAAAAACUCUGUUACCUGCAUCUGGAAAGCAAAUUUCCUAUUACUGCUGAUGCUCUGAAUAUUCUGAUCAUGCAACACUCCUGAGGAGCUUCUAGUCUCGUUUUAGUCUGGUGAUCUUCUCCAAGCCUUUUUCGGGGGAGCUGGAAUAUUGGUUACUGCUGCCCCAUGGAAAAUACUGCUAUUCUGAUUAUGUGCUGACAGUGACCUGUUUAACAUCAGUGGAGUUGAUGCAGGGUCAUCACAUGUGGAGUGCUGGCAAACCAGGAGCAAAGCUGUAUAAGAAGCUUUCAGGACCUAAGGGCAUGUAAAGCUUAUUUUCUAGGCAAAAGGCCCUAGGGUCAAUUCCUGCUGUCAUUCAGCAUGUGUUAAGUAUAGAAUUGAUCUGCAGAUGUCAAAGGAGGCAGCCCUGUCUUUACUCUUAAGUCAGAUGUGUUCUAGAUCCGUUUAACAGGGGAGCUGUAAGGAUCCCAAAUCUUUUUCUAAGUGCCCCAAGCAUUUCUGAGUAUAAAAUGAAUUUGAGGGAAAUUGUGUUGUGGGGUGAUCUGGGUUGGGGAAAUCAUUUAAGAUGAUUUCAUCUGGAGAUAAUUUGGGGGAUAAUGAAUGGGGUUUAGGCAUGGUAUGUUAAGGUGGGGUGUUGCUAUUCAUCUGUCCUCCUGUCUGACAAGGAAGCACUGGGUUCACGGCAGCAAAGGCAUACCCUCUAACAUUUUGCAGAUGAAAAUAGGGACAUCCUAUUUAAUAAUGAUGAUGAUGUUAUUAUUUAUAACCUGUCCAUCUGACUGGGUUGUCUCAGCCACUCUGGGUGGCUUCCAACAUAUGUAAAAAACAUAACAAAACAUUAAACAUUUAAAAAACUUCCCUAUACAGGGCUGCCUUCAGAUGUCUUCUAAAGGCUGUAUAGUUACUUAUCUCCUUGGCUCAGGGAUCGCAUAAUCUCCAACAUUUACCUGAUGAAAAUAAGGACAUUCUACCAUACCCUUCAAUAUUUAUCUGAUGAAAAUAGGGACAUCCUAAGGAAAAGUGGGACACUCCAAGAUCAGAUCAGAAACCAGAACAGCUUCUGUAAAUGCAGGAUUGUCCCUGGAAAAUAGGGAGACUUGGCGGGUCUGCAAAGCUGCUCUUUCAAGGUGUCUCCAGUGAGGUUUUUUAAAAAGCCUUGUCACUAAUGAGGCUCUUUCAGUGGAUAGCCAAAGACAAAAUGAGAAUUGCUAUUAUUUUAUUAUUUAUUAAUUUGUAUACCACUUAUAUGCCAAAAUGGCAUAUAAGGACUGAACCAAUAACUGAGCCAGAGAAGUGAAGGUUAGUUAUAGAGGCAUGGAUUAUCAUCAGUUAUUCAGUAGCUCAUUAAAUUCUGAACCACAGAGUCUGUAAGUCUUUUCUAUACCUCUCUGCACUACCCUAGUUAUUUUAGAAAAAUGGGGCAACAGUGUUCAGCAGUGUUCAACUGUGAAAUAUUUUGGACAAAUAUUAAAUGAUAUAAACACCCCGUGCUUGCAGAAAGUCAUUUUAAAUUAUUAGAGAGUAUUUUACAGUAGAGAGAGAGAGAAAGAGAGAGAGAGAGAGAGAGGGAGAGAGAACUUCAUCUGAAAAGUAUCAUCAGAGACAAUGGAUAAAGAGGUUAUUUAACUGACCCCAAAUGCUUCAUACCUGUGCAAGAAAGGCUCCCCUAGAUAUUAGUCUUCCCACAGUUAGACUAAAAAGAUGAAAAAGAUGUAGAGUGUGAGAAUGAUCCAGCCAAAAUUGAGUACUUUAUAGUCUUAUUGAUUCUACUGUAAAAUACUUUAAGUAAGUGCUUAACUUUCCCGCUGACAUCACUAUGCAGCUAAAAGUGCCCAACUUUGGCUGAACCUGUGUGUGCACUUAAAUGUGUGUUAAGUGUGCAUCCUUGUAUUAAUUAUAAAAGUUAAGUGUGUGUCUCUGUUAAAAGUGAGUGUUAGCUGUGUGCUUGUGUGUUAAGUGUGUGUCUGGGGUGUGUGUGUGUGUUCUCUGUAGUCAUUAAAAAAACCUUACUGUUUGGCACUUAAGCAGUCAUCCCUUGUGUUUGUGCAUAGGUAAGCGUGAUCAUGUGUGUGUGGCUGUGUGUGUUUCUGGUUCUGUCCACUGUGGGGACCUUUGGAAUGCUACCCCCAAUUACUUUCUACCAGAGGACUGUAGCUCUCCGCCUGAAAAUGCAUAACAUCUAUUCACUGUCCACAGUCAUUUGAAAGUAUUAGGAUUUGAGUUAUUUCAUACUACAGAAGUCUAAAGAGAAAAACUUACCUUACCUCAACUACUUUAGGCUAAAGGGUGCUGCUAAGGACACUUGAUAUCAGAGAUGCCGAACCAAAGUUUUGCCUUCCACCUCUCAUUGUCUGCAGCCACUAUGGCUAGUUGUCAAGGUUAAUAGGAGCUAUAGUCCAACAAUAGCUAGAGGACCACAGGUUCCCCAUCUUUGUAUAAUAUUUCCUGCUAUUUAGUUUCAGCAAUUGGGGAAUGUCCCAGGAAGGCAAUGUUUUGUUCCAUCUGCCUCCCAUGAAAAAAGAAAGUCACCCCAAAUGAAAAUUAUUCCAGACUUUCUCUUUUCUCAGUUGAGUUUUAACUUCAAAGCAAAAAGUUACGCAGGCAAAGUGAUUCAAUGAUAUAAUGUCUCGUUUUUGUUGUGGUAAGAACUUGCUUCUAAUAAAAACAGAUUUUAAUAAUGACAUUUCAAUUUGGAAAAAUGGUUCUAUCCAUUUCACCUUGUGGUACAGAGCUCAGAAUUAUCAAUUACAAAUAUUCAAACCGACAAUGAUAAUUUUGUUUAAAAGAAUGCCCUUAUCAGUAAAUUCCUGUUUCAGUUUUCACAAAAAGCAACAAUAAACUUUUAAGCAGGCAUUUGUUCUACUUGUGUCUAAGUAGAGAUGGAUGCGAAAUUUCAUUCUGUUUUCAUUUUAAUGUGAACCUAGCUAAUUUGCACUUUCUAAAUGUGCAUAUUAGGACAAAGGCAUGCUAAAAGGCUGAAGAAUUUUUAGGUGACUGUUAAAAAAAAGUGCAACAAAUGUGGAAAUGUGGCAAAUUGAAUUUAAGAUUUUUUUUAAGAUGAGAAACAAACUGACAGAUCUGUCCAUAUCUAGGAACAGGCAAAUUUGUUAGUCUCUGUUUCUCUCGAUUCCUCCUCUUUACAGUCUUAAAUUCUAUUCUCCAGAUUUCCAUAUAAGUUUGUGAUUAAAAAAAAAAAAAAAUCUCAGGAAAAUUCAUCAGUGCAGAUUUCUCUUCAGAUACAUUUGUUUUUAUGCAAUUUUGCCUAUUAAACAUAGCGAUUUCCCCAAUAUAAUCCAUUAUUACAAAGCAAUUCCUCUAAUAUAAUGCAUUUUUGUAUGUCAUUUUCACAAAUAUAUUACCGUAUUUUUCGCUCUAUAAGACGCACCAGACCACAAGAUGCACCUAGUUUUUGGAGGAGGAAAACAAGAAAAAAAAUAUUCUGAAUCCCAGAAGCCAGAACAGCAAGAGGGAUCGCUGUGCAGCGAAAGCAGCGAUCCCUCUUACUGUUCUGGCUUCUGGGAUAGCUGCGCAGCCUGCAUUCGCUCCAUAAGACGCACACACAUUUCCCCUUACUUUUUAGGAGGGAAAAAGUGAGUCUUAUAGAGCAAAAAAUACGGUAAUUUUUAUGCACAUUUCGCCCUAAUAUAUGCAUUUUUAUACUGCACUGGAAAAUUCAGAGAAUUUUCAGUUCUUGUAUUGUUUCAGUCAGUGCAAAUUAGGUAGAUUCACCUUUAAAUGCAAAUUAAAUUGCAUUUCUCCUCCAUCUCUGUUCAUCUCUACAUGUGAGCAAACAUGUGAGGGUGAGGAGGGCGGAUUCUGCUAAGCCUCACCUUUCUACUAUGUCACUAUCUUCUGGUUUACAGCCCUCGUGAGUUUGAGGUACAUGGUCUGAAAUGGGGAGCUUCAGCAAUUUAUGAAGGUUCCCUGUGUGAUAUAGAACCCAGCGCAAACAUUUGAGGAAUUUUUGUUUCAGCAGAGCGCUUUUCUUAAAUUGCAGGACUUAAUUUGGAAAUGAAACAGGUUAAUAUCCCAUUUUGUAUCCAACAUUUGGCAUUUUGUUUAUUUUAGUAAUGGUCUCCAUUAUUCUUGACAACAACUAUGUAUCUUACAGGGCCAACAAUAAUUUACAAAUGCCCAAUAUUUCUCACUCACCCUCUGCAUAUCUGAGAAUUUAUGUAUGCACUGAAUUGAGUAUUCAGGAUUAUCUAAUCCACAGUGUUUGAUAAAACAUUCAUUAGAUGCUAUCACUUACAACUACCAAAUUGAGCAAGAAUUUGUAGAAUAGAGCUUUGGCUGGACUUGUUGUAUAAUGGGUCAAACUAAUGCCUUCUAAGAAGCAUGAUCUUAAGCAUAUUUAUAUACUGUAGAAGUCCCACACAGUUCAAAGGGACAUAAUCUCUGUUGGUACAUUUAAGACUACAACCAUAAUUCCAUAUCAGGUUAUUUGUGUUUAUGAUUAAAGGAUGCACGACUUGGUCUUUAUUAAUGUAAUGAACUCCUAGGAUUUGAUGGAUUAAGGAAGUGGUUGUGCAAAGUCACUGAGCACACAUCCAUGUGAAUUUAGUUUUCAUCCAUGAUUUCCUCAAUGGAUGUCUGCAGACACUUCAUGCUCUUAAAGUUCAUUGAAAUAAAUUGGACAUAAAAUGUAUAGCUGGUUAUAAAAUAGUACAAUCCCAUUAUUUUGAGAGAAGUUACAAUGGAAAUUCUUGGAGGCAAGGGUAGACAGUUGAUCAAAAUCAAGAUUUGUUUCCUGUUCUUGCAUAAGAAUUAAUCAUGAAUGACAGUGGUUGAAAUGAGAAAAUAACCAGUUUUUUCCAUAUGAAUGCUUCCUCAUGCAGUGACACCUGCCCAACCAUCUUUACCCUGUGAUUAAACAUUUGCACUCUGCCUGCAUUGCCACGUGCAGUAAUUUAAUUAUGCUUUCAGCAUGGGGCAGUUUCAUAACCAUAGAUCCAGCCUCCUACUCACAACGUCAUAGGAAUAAUCAGCCUUGCAACUCACAUUUAGAGUUACCAGAUCUUUUAAUCUUCAGGCCUUUCCAAAGCAAAAAUCCCAUAUAAAGCAAGUCUUGAUUUCUCAAUGAGUCUUUAAGAUAAGAGAGAAUGAUGAUGAAGAAGAAAAAGAAGAAGAAGAAGAAAUAGUAAUUAUUAUUAUUAUUAUUAUUAUUAUUAUUAUUAUUAUUAUUUGUACCCUGCCCAUCUGGCUGGGUUUCCCCAGCCAUUCUGGGCGACUUCCAACAAAAUAUUAAAAUACAAUAGUUCAUCACACAUUAAAAGCUUCCCUAAACAGGGCUGCCUUCAGAUGUCUUCUAAAAGUCAGAUAGUUGUUUAUUUCCUUGACAUCUGAUGAGAGGGCAUUCUACAGGGCAGGCGCCACUACCGAGAAGGCCCUCUGCCUGGUUCCCUGUAACUUCGCUUCUCGCAGUGAGGGAACCGCUAGAAGGCUCUCAGUGCUGGACCUCGUGAAAGACACAACUAACAUGCAUACUCAAACAUGGAUAUUUGUAUGAAAAUAAAUUCCAGGGCUUUUAAUUUACUUCUUACCAAUAACUGCCGACUUAGGUUUCUGUUAGCAAAAGUUUUGUUUCUCCCUUUCAACAUAUUAAAAGAAGAAAAUGCAAGAUUGACCAAAAAUACACUAAAUAAACUUUUAAAAUGGGAUCCAGAGCUGCUUUGUGCUUGGCCCUGUGGGGUUUUUUACCCUUCUCCUUCAUGAACAGCAGAUGCCACCCCCAUGCCAUACCACCAACUUAUUUUGAAAGUAUCCUUGGUUACAAAUGUGGCUAUGACAUGUGGGAUAAAGAACUGCUGUUUGAGCAACACAAGUUGAAAGCUCCCUUGAGCUUGUGCAAUUUAGCUGCAUGCUUCUUUGAAUCCCAGCCAUGAUGAAUAAACCAACAUGCAGGAAAUCCAAUCCGGUAAUUGGGUUCAAUGUUGUUAAACCUAAUCUGACUUUUGCGCCUGUAGAAUAAAUCAGAUUAGCUGUUUGUGAUCUAGAGGGAAAUAGUUUGAGUUGCUGUAAGAGAACAUCCCACGGGAAUCUAUAUUCCCCUUCAAAUUGUACUGUUCUGUCAUUGAAGCAUAGAGAUGAAACCAUACAGCUAUCUAGUGUAGUGGUUGUUGUUGUUUUUGUUUGUUUAGUUUUUAGCAGGUCCAUACAGACAUGAUUUGAGCAGACUAUUCCAGAAUUUCCAGCACCAGCACCUGCAAUUACAUCUUAGGUGUAUAAUGCAUGCAAACGUACAUUGAUCCUGACACAUAGCUUCUUAAAAAGCACCUUGAAAGUCCUGGCCAAGACCUGAAUCUCUAGCUAGCAUGACAACAGACAAUCACAAAACAAAAUAAAGCACAAGGACGAAGAUACAGAUAAUCAGGGCUCAAAAUGAAAUUAAUCUCCAUGGAGACAAAUCUGGACAAAUAAUUUGGCUCAUCAAGUUCUUCUUGCCAAGGAUUGCAGCCUUAGGUUUCGGUUAGCAAAUGUAUAUAUACAUUUGAGAUCUGCACAUAAGUCGCAGCCACAUGAAUUUCAAAAGCACAGUUCUCUAGUAUCCAUCUAUACAUUCCUGAUUGACAUUGUGUUCCAAAAUGCCAUUGCACCAGUGAUAUUUAGCAGUGAAUGGACGUAUGGAACAGAUUCAGCACAGAGGAUCCUGCAUUUCUUUUUUUCAUUUUCCACUGCAGAAAAACUUGAAGAAAUAUGUAAAUACAAUAAAUCUUUUUGUUAUUUUGGAAGGUUUUUGUCCACCAGGGCCCCCCACCCCCACCCCAUUUUUACAUCAGCUGUUUUGUAGUAGAAUCAUUCCCUUAACUUUGCAGUGAUUUGUCAACAUUAUUUUAACAGCAGCUUGAGAAUCACAGAGGUACAGACAAUAUACAUAAGCAGUCAAUAAGCCCAUGAAAGGCAGAUCUCUAGGAAAUCUUUGUUCCUAUAUAAAAGGAGGACACUAGAAAGUAGGUUCAUCUGAGGUGGCAAAACCAUCAGAAGCUUCAUUCUUUUGGUGUGGUGCUUAUUUGCGUGUUUUGAGACAUCACUGGUAGUUGAUGUCUAAAAGUACCACCUCUUUUAUCUCCCAACUCUUCAGAGGAACUGUGAAAGGCAGCAAGCUGUGAUCUUUUCAUUUGUCUGAGAGCAUCAUAAAAUUCAUAUAAACAAAAACCAUGUGGAAAAGGCUGCCAUACACAAGAUCAGCUUUCAGCUUAAUUCACUGGAGAAGUGGUGCUUUUGACCUAAGGGACCCCGUUUCAGUUCCUUUUCCUACUGCAAAUGUUCUGUGUAAUGCUGCAGACAUUGACUAAUACUUCUCUCCGGCUUUAAAGCAGGGUUGUAAUUGCACUUGCAUUACAAAAGUUGAAAUAUGUAUUUGAUUGUAACAGAAACAGUGCCUAUGGGAAGCAAUAGAAAUAUUAUAAAGGAGGUGUGCAGAAAAAGGACCACGGAUGAAUGGUAGGAUGAGGCUAAGGUCUCCAAGAGUGUGUUUUGGUAAGAGCAGUUCUCUUUGAUGAUUUUCAUUGCAAAUGUAUUUUGCCAGGCUGUUUGUGUGCACCCUGUGGUUGAUCCAGUGUUUAAGGCACAAAAGCAUUCAGCAAGAAUGGCUGUGGCUUACUCAUAGCAUCUGACAAUCUGCCUCUUGUGUUUUAACAGGAUGGCUACAUUGAUUUUAUGGAGUAUGUGGCAGCUCUAAGCUUGGUCCUGAAGGGAAAAGUGGAACAGAAGCUGAGAUGGUACUUCAAACUGUAUGAUGUAGAUGGAAAUGGCUGUAUUGACAGGGAUGAGUUGCUAAACAUCAUUAAGGUAAGUUAUUUUCCUUGGCCAGUUGUUGUAUUGAUGGUGUUUGGCAGACGUUUGUGGAAGAUUCCAUGACACAGUUGCCCCCUUUACUGUUUCAAUACAGGAGGCAACCAUUUUGCACGUGUCCAACUGACACAUGACCACUGACAUGUGGGGGCCUAAAGAGGGCAGGGUGGGGGUGGCUGUAAUGGGGCAAAGCGGACUUAUGUGUCCUCCACUGAUGCACAUAGGGGCCAUGGGUGGGGGAGUAAUCCAUCUACUGUAUGCAAAUACAUAACUCUGCAGCUUGAGCUCAUUAAAUGUUCUCCAUCUCAAUUUCCUGCAGGCGAUUCGCACCAUCAACCCAUGUCAUGAAGUAAUGACAGCUGAGGAAUUCACAAACAUGGUGUUUGAUAAAAUCGAUAUAAAUGGAGAUGGUAAGAAUUUAUCUAUGCACUCCAAGGUGUGGCCUGACAUUUAUAGGCCAAAAAUAAAGACUGGGACCUACCAGUGUGUGGUCAUAGGACUCUUGUGUGAAGGUUUCAGAUUGACAUCAGUUUGCACUAGAGAAAAUUCAGUGCAGGAGGGAUGGCCGCCAGUGUUACAUGCCAAAAUUGAACAAAGAGAGGUGGGGUACUACCUCACAUUUCUUUGGUAGGAAGAAAUUAAUUAGCUAAAUAAAUAAAUAAGACUACUUCUUUUCUGUUGGCCCUCUGACCAUUAUGCUUUUAAGGCAGACAUAACUGACAUUCCAUUCCAAACAUUCCACUUCCUUUUCUGAAUCUUUGAAACUAUUCCCCCCUCACACUGCACUGCAAGUUGGUCCUGAGAAAUGCAACAAAAUGUUAAUGUGAGAGGGGAACAAACCUCCAAUGCAGGUCUAUGGAAAGACUGUGGAAAAGUCAGUUAACUAAGCCUGAGGUCUGCAAAUCAUGUACUCCACUGAGAUGCUUAAGACAUUUUGCUUAUUCAGGAGAAGAAGUAAUUUAAUCAGGGUUGAGAUUAGUCAAAAAGAGAGAAAUCAAUUGAGUAGAGAGAUUUUAAAUAGGAAUUCAACGGAUUAAGAUCUGAUAUGCUACAGAUCUUGAAAGUAGGUUGAUCAACUAUUGUGACAUCUUGAUGUAAGGAAAGGGUGGGUUCUCUCUUCUUUGGAAGUGAAACAAAAUCCUGCAACUUCGACUUGGGCAUGAUGCAGAAAUAGCCAAUUCGGUUUCCAUGUCAUCCCUUUGAAAAUCAGAUACCACACCAUCCAUUACAUUAGGCUAUACAGUACAUGAAUUGAGACCUUUUGUGUUUUUGUAGGUGAGCUGUCUCUGGAGGAGUUCAUGGACGGAGUACAGAAAGAUGAGGUUCUACUUGACAUCCUGACCCGUAGCCUGGACCUGACGCACAUUGUUCGAAUGAUCCAGAAUGAUGGAAAGAAUCCUGAGGAAGCGGCAGGAGCUGCUGAAUAG